CCGUCUUCAUCUUCACUCCUCCGUCCUCUGAAUAGUCCGCAAAUCGCAAUAGUAGAGAGCUCCUCCUAUUGCGCAGUAAUUCCUACCAUGGGUCCUCCAGAAGUUCACCACCUCUUUCACCACCCGAUUGCAGACCACUCCUUCUCUGCCGACCGCCAGACGCUCGCCGUAGCCCGCGAGAACAAUGUCGACUUAUAUCAGAGAGCGGGCGGGAAGUUCCAGUUGAAGGAUGAGUUGACAGGCCAUGAUAAAACAGUUACCGGAGUGGAUAUUGCGCCAAAUACUGGCAAGAUUGUUACUUGUUCACAGGACCGCAAUGCCUACGUCUGGGAGCCUUCCCCCCAAGGAUGGAAGCCAACACUCGUCCUCCUCCGCAUCAAUCGCGCCGCUACUUGUGUUCGCUGGGCUCCCUCCGAGACCAAGUUCGCCGUUGGAUCUGGCGCCCGCCUCAUCCCUGUCUGCUACUUCGAGGAGGAAGACAACUGGUGGGUCUCCAAGCACUUGAAGAAGCCAAUUCGUAGUACAAUCACUACUGUCGCCUGGCACCCUAACUCCGUCCUUCUCGCCGCUGGAUCGACCGACGGUCAUGCCCGUGUAUUCUCCAGCUUCGUCAAGGGCGUCGACUCCCGUCCUGAACCCUCAGCGUGGGGCGAGCGUCUCCCCUUCAACACCGUAUGUGGCGAGUUUCUGAACAACACCGCAGGCUGGGUCCACAGCGUCGCCUUCUCCCCCAGUGGCAACGCCCUCGCUUUCGCAGCCCACGACAGCAGUCUCACAGUUGUGUAUCCCAGCGCUCCCGAACAACCUCCACGUGCCGUAAUCAGCAUCAGCACCCAGCUCCUCCCGUUCAAGAGCUUAGUCUGGAGUAGCGAGAGCGAGAUCAUCGCUGCAGGCUUCGACUGUGAAGCAUACCGUCUCCAGGGCUCGGAACAGAGCUGGCAGCUCGCUGGAUCUCUAGAAUCCAAAGGUCGGCCGGGUGUUCAGGAUCAUCGGGAAGAGUCUGCGUUGAAUAUGUUCAAGCAGAUGGAUCUGAAAGGCAAGGUUACGGACGAUACUAAGUUGAAGACGGUGCAUCAGAAUACGAUUAGCACGAUUCGGGUCUUUGAGGCGGGCGCUGGGACCGUGAGGAAGAUUAGUACGAGUGGGGUAGAUGGGCGAGUUGUUAUUUGGACUCUCUAGACUGGGUCGUUAUCCCGAUAGCUAAUUGGAUGAGAGUGCACCUUGGCGUUCCCAGGGGAUGAAGGGCUAGUGUUAUAGAAGUGAAUG